UAUCCAUAUGUAAAAGGCCGUUUAGGAAGUGAAAGCUGAAUCUCUUUUCAACUUGAAUUCGUUUUAGUUAUUUGCAAUUCCGAGAGACAUUUAACACACAUGCCUGCAUAGCCUACUAGGAGCUGUGUAGGAGCCGGCUCCACUCUUUUGUCCCCAAAAUGCCCCUCAUUCCACCUCCUUUUCCUAUUUUUCACAGCCACAAUACGUGGACAUUUCUGUAAUUUAAUCAAGCCCAAUUUCCAUUGCCGAUCAAAACUCAGGGCGCCUCGUCCUCCAUGGCUUUGUACGAACCUUCGAUUUGGAGUUCCAACUUCUUUUCCUCAAGGAUAUCCGAUUCCAUUCCCCAAAUCACUCAAUCUCCACUUCUCGUUCACUAUUGAGCAUUUUUAACUAUUUAAGGUGCAUUGCCCUAAUGCCCUUUAUCAUCAAGCAAAGGCUCAAAUUGGGCUUUAUGUGCAGCGAUUCUAUAAUUUUGUCAUGCAUUGUUGUAUUUAUUGGGUUUGCAAUACAGAGGAUGUGAGGAAACCAAUGCAAUGGCAACAUCUAGUAAGUUUGAUUUGUCUUCUGACACCCCGGAUAGGCCUCUAUACUCCAGUGGGCAGCGUGCUGGAUCCCACUUAACUGCUCAGAUGGACAGAUCAGGUAGUUUUCGUGAGAACAUGGAGAACCCAAUCCUAUCUUCUCUCCCAAACAUGACAAGAAGCAGUUCUGUAGUAGCACAGGGAGACGUGAUGAAUUUCUUUCAGUGUUUGCGUUUUGAUCCAAAGUCGAUGGUUGCUGACCAUAAGUUUAAUCGACAAGGGGACUUUAAACGACACUUGAAUGUUGCUCUUGGCAUUUCUGUGGAUGAUUCUCCAUCUGGUCCUUUGAAAGUCAAAGUGCCUGCACCUGAGGAAAUCAAGCGGAUCAGGGCUUAUCUGCGUGAAAGCUCUGUGAAGGCCAGGGAACGAAUGAAGACUUUUAAUGAAGCCUUGUCUGUAUUCAACAAGUUUUUCCCCAGUAUUCCGUCAAAGAAGAGAUCAAGAUCAGAAGGCGUUUCUAGUGAUAGGCCUAAUGCCUUGUUAUCAAGUGAUCGAUCAGUUCUGGGGCCAAGCCUUGGUAAGAUGGGGAUUCAUAAUCAUGCUGUUACUGGUGGUGGUUUUGAACUUGAACAGCAGAAGUCAGAGGAGAGAACCAAAAAUGUUGUGCCAAACAAACGGACACGAACUUCAUUGGUGGAUGUGAGGAGCAAUUCUCUUGUGAGGCCAUCUGGUACACUAGAUAGAGAAAGAGAAAUGCUGAGGCUUGCAAGUGGUGGUGCAAUUCAAGGUGAAGAUCGAAUUUUGUCAAUUGGUGUUGAUGGUUGGGAAAAGACAAAAAUGAAGAAGAAACGCUCUGUGAUAAAGCCAGAUGUUUCUUCUAGUUUAGUCUCAACUAAACCCAACGAUGGCUAUCGGGAGCCCAAACAGGGACUGCAGCAAAGGCCUGUUACUGAGGCUCGAUCAAGGUUAAAUAGUGACUCCCAUGGGUUCAGGCCAGGAGUUGCAAAUGGUGCUGUGAGCAUUGGAAAAUCAGAUGGUAUCUCACAAUCAACAGGCUCAAGUAUGCGGUCAUCCAUCCCUAAGGCUGAUCUUGACAGUAGUUCUCUUCUCAAUGACAGAAGAGAAGGCCCUGUUGGUUCUGAUAAGGAAAGGGUGAAUAUAAGAGCUGUUAAUAAAGCAAAUGUUCGUGAUGAUUUUAAUUCAGCUAGUCCCACUUCAAGCACAAAAAUGAAUGCAUCUAUCCGAGCUCCACGAUCAGGUUCAGGCAUUGCCCCCAAGUUGUCACCAGUAGUCCAUAGGGCAACUGCUCCAAUUGAGUGGGAACUUUCUCAUUGCUCAAGCAAGCCACCUACUACUGUUGGAACUAGUAACCGUAAACGCACAGCAUCAGCUCGGUCUUCAUCUCCACCUGUUGCCCAUUGGGCAGGUCAGAGGCCACAGAAGAGUUCCCGUAGUGCUAGAAGAGCAAAUUUGAUUCCAAUCGUUUCAAAUAAUGAUGAAAAUCCUGCUUUGGAUACUGUUUCUGAUGUUUCCGGUAAUGAACUUGGAUUUGGAUUUGCCAAGCGUUUGACUGGAAAUUCUCCUCAGCAAAUUAAGUUGAAAAAUGAACCUGUUUCUUCAGCUGCAUUAUCUGAAAGUGAGGAAUCUGGGGCUCCUGAGAUUAAAUCUAAAGACAAGGGUAAGAGGUCUGAUGAUAUAGAUGAGAAAACUAGACAGAAUGUUCAAAAAGUUUCAACUCUGGGCCUUCCAUCAAGAAAGAAUAAGCUCGUCACUGGGGAAGACCUUGGGGAUGGAGUGCGGAGGCAAGGGAGAACUGGGCGGGGUUUUACAACAAGGGCUCAUGUGCCAGUAUCAGUUGAGAAGGUUGGCAAUAUCAGAACAGCGAAACAGCUUAGAAGUGCUAGACUUAGUUUUGAUAAAAAUGAAAGCAGCAAGACAGGUCGUCCACCAAGUAGAAAACUUUCUGACCGUAAAGCAUAUAAACGUCAAAAGCAUACAACAGUCAAUGCAGCAGCAGAUUUUCUUGUUGGCUCAGGGGAUGGGCAUGAAGAGCUUUUGGCUGCUGCAAGUGCUGUGAUUAACCCCGUUCAUGCAUUUUCCAGCUCAUUUUGGAGGCAAAUGGAUCCAUUCUUUGGUUUUAUAUCUGACUCAGACAUUGAUCACUUGAAGAAACAGGAAAUUAUUGAAUCUACUGUGGCACCGCCUGCUAGGGUUUCAUUCGAUGUAAAUAACUGCAGUACUGUCCCUAAUGGAUAUGGGCUGAUUGAACAUGAGGGAGAAGUGAGACUUUCUACUGAAUCUAGGGUUUGUGAACCACUAGUGCCAAGAGAAAGUGAUAUUCCCCUUUACCUAAGACUUUUAGCAGCUAUAAUUUCAGAGGAAGAUUUUACCCAUGGAAAUAGGGACUUGGAAUUUGAUACGUAUGAAACUGGAUUUGAGCUGGAUGGAGAGUUGGGAUCAAAUGGCUUGAGUCAUGCAGAUAACUUUAAGUAUUCUGGACAUACCGCAUUUAAUGGUUAUAAAAUGACUGUGAAGACAGAACACGAUGAGGUGGAGAUAGAUGCAUUAGGCAUCCCUACCUCGGGCAUUUAUUCAAACUUCAAUCAUUCUGUAAAUGGUGUUCUCUCUAAUCAGAAAUUGAUUCCUGACAUGGUUUGUUCAGAAUUUCAGUACGAUGAUAUGCAGAUAAAUGAAAAUCUACUUCUGGAGGUUCAAAGUAUUGGAAUUUUUCCAGAAUCAAUGCCUGAUAUGCAAAUAGAGGAUGAAGGAAUCAGUGGGGAGAUUUUCAGCUUAGAGGAUAAGUACCAUGGACAGGUUUCAAAUAAGAAAGGUUUGCUAGAUAAAUUGUUGAAAUCUGCCUCAGUAACAAAAGAACUUCAGGAAAAGAAACUUGAACAACGUGCUCAUGACAAACUUGUUACAAUGGCUUAUGAAAAAUAUACGGCUUGUUGCGGUCCUAGUGCCACUGGUGGGAAAAGUUCCAGUAACAAAAUGGCUAGGCAAGCUGCCUUAGCUUUUGUCAAACGGACAUUAGAACAAUGUCAUAAAUUUGAAGAUACAGGUAAAAGCUGCUUCAGUGAACCCCUGUUUAGGGAUAUAAUUCUUUCUAGGUCUUCCCACUUCAGUGGUGGAAGAUCAUCAGGUACUCCUGUGGAUGAUGAAUCUGGGAAACUGUAUGCCAAUACCUCAAGUCAUUCUGUGGAAGCAAGAGUUUCAGCUUCUAUGGAUUCACAGCCAAGUCCUCGAACUUCUCGACUGAGUCAGAAUGGAGAUGGGUAUGUUGCUAAUUCAUCUGAUUUGCUUCCACAUGUAAAUUGCUUAUCUGAUCAAUCAGCUGGCAAAGAAGACACAUGGUCAAACAAGGUGAAGAAGAGGGAACUAUUGCUUGAUGAUGUUGGUGGUACCAUAGGUACUUCAAGUGCCCCCUCCGGAAUCGGAGGUUCUCUAUCAAGCAGUGCAAAAGGAAAGAGGAGUGAGAGAGACAGGGAGGGAAAAGGGCACAACAGAGAGGUUUUAUCUGGAAAUGGAACUAAUAAAAUUGGUCGGCCAGCAUUGUCUAAUGUCAAGGGGGAAAGGAAGUCUAAAACAAAGCCCAAGCAGAAAACUCAAUUAUCUGUUUCUGUAAAUGGCCUUCUUGGCAAGAUAUCAGGGCAUCCUAAACCAUCAUUACCUUCACAGGCUAAGUCUGGUGAUAUCACCACUAGUAGCAAUGGCAAGGAAAGAGAUGGUUUUGGCUUGGAUGUAUUGGAUGAUUCUGAGUCUAUUGAUUUGUCCAACCUGCAGCUUCCAGAAUUGGAUGAUGGCCAAGGGCAGGAUCUGGGUUCAUGGUUGAACAUUGAUGAUGAUGGAUUACAAGACCAUGGUGAUUUUAUGGGCCUUGAAAUUCCAAUGGAUGACCUUUCAGACUUAAACAUGAUGGUUUAAUAUCUUUCUCUGUAUAGUCUUGUUCAUUAUACUAUUGACAAAGAGACAUUAUCACUGUUGUCAAGAAAUGACCAGUUAUGUGGAUGGUCAGUUGGCCGCAGGUCCACAAUUAGGUUAUAUAGAUUCUUUGGUAGACUUCACAAGAUUUUCGAGAGAACCUUCAGAUGUUUGAAUUUUGUUCCUUUGUUGGUAACUUCGACUGUAAAGACUUCUGUUCAAGGUACAAUUUAGCAUGUCACAAGUUAGUUUGUCGUAGCAUUUACAACCCAGCAAACACUGUAUCCUGGCUGUAGCUUUUACAAUUCAGAGAACAAUGCCUCUUGUACAUACAUUUUAUAUUUCUAAUAAAGUCUGCUUUUAAUUCAGUA